CGGAAACUCAACUCUCCACGUCGAAUGCAAACUUGACUGUGUCCAGGGACUGUGAGCCAGCCUAACAACGGGAGCGGCUGCCAGUGGCUUUUUCUUACUCUCGGCGUGGAUAUGAGAGGAAGUCAGAUGUGGUAACCAGGUAGUGAGCCGGUGAAGAGGCCGCUGUAGUAGCCGUACACCACAACCACCACCAGCAGCAGCAGCAUCACACCCGAACACCGCACUGCUCUACCGGCCCGGUCGCUGCUGUCGCUUCGUUGCCUUUUUACUUAAACCUCCAAACACACAGUGCUUAAGCUUUUCCGGCGACGUGUGCGAGUAGGAAGCAGGGCCUCCGGCUACUAGGACUGGGUUCACAGCUGCCGAGAAGAGCUGAACACGCCGGUUUCAUUUUCCGGAACCACAUCCUGCUGAGAUGGACAACCUGAGUGAAGCCCUGGAGAAGCUAAAACUAGCGUCCUCCAACAGCACCACUGACAGCGUGGAGAGCUGUCUCGACUGCCUGCACAAAGCUCUGGCCAACAACAACACUGAAGCCAGUAUGAAGAUCCAGGAGAUGGGUGUCCUCCCCCUCCUCCCCAGCCUGCUGAGCCCACAGUCCUCCUGCACUCCUAAAGUAGCCAACCUGAUAGCUGAGGUGGCCAAAAAUGAGUUCAUGCGGAGUCCAUGCGUCGAGGCCGGCCUCAUCCCACCUCUAAUUCAGCUCCUAAACUCCACCGACCAGGAGGUUCUGCUGCAGACCGGCCGCGCUCUAGGCAACAUCUGUUAGGACAGCCAUGAGGGCAGGAGAGCAGUUGACCUGGCAGGAGGGGCUCAGAUAGUAGCUGAACACAUUAAAUCCCUCUACCAAAAUACUGAGCCGGAAAAUGAGAAGCUCUUGACAGUCUUUUGUGGCAUGCUGAUGAACUAUAGCAAUGAUAAUGAUUCCUUACAAGCCCAGCUGAUCAAUAUGGGUGUGAUUCCCACGCUGGUGAAGCUGCUAGGCAUCCAUUCCCAUAACACAGCCCUGACAGAAAUGUGUCUCAUCGCCUUUGGGAACCUUGCAGAGCUGGAGUCCAGCAAAGAACAGUUUGCCUCCACCAACAUUGCUGAGGAGCUGGUGCGUCUCUUCCAGAAGCAGACGGAGCACGAGAAGAAGGAAAUGAUUUUCGAGGUCCUGGCUCCUCUGGCAGAGAAUGAUGCAAUCAAGCUGCAGCUGGUGGAGGCCGGCCUGGUGGAGUGUCUGCUAGAGGUGGUGGCUCAGACUGUAGACGGGGAGCGAGAAGAGGAUGUUGCUCAGCUCAAGACCGCCUCGGACCUAAUGGUCCUCCUGCUGCUGGGAGACGAGUCCAUGCAGAAGCUGUUCGAGGGGGGAAAGGGCAGCGUCUUCCAGAGGGUCCUCUCCUGGAUACCAUCUCAUAACCAUCAGCUGCAGCUGGCUGGCGCUCUGGCCAUUGCUAACUUUGCUCGCAACGAUGGCAACUGCAUCCACAUGGUAGACACUGGUAUCGUGCAGAAGCUUCUGGAGCUGUUGGACCGACAUGUGGAGGAAGGAAAUGUCACCGUCCAACACGCUGCUCUCAGCGCCCUGAGGAAUCUGGCUAUACCUGUGGUCAACAAGUCCAAGAUGCUAACAGCUGGUGUGGCCAACGUGGUGCUGAAGUUUUUACAGUCUGAGAUGCCUCCUGUCCAGUUCAAACUUUUGGGAACGUUACGUAUGCUCAUCGAUACACAAGCCGAAGCUGCGGACCAGCUGGGAACCAAUGGGAAGCUGGUUGAGCGACUGGUGGAGUGGUGUGAAGCCAAAGACCACGCAGGGGUCAUGGGCGAGUCGAACAGGCUGCUGUCUGCUCUCAUUCGCCACAGCAAGUCUAAGGAAGUCAUCAGAACCGUCAUCCAGGGAGGAGGGGUUAAGCACUUAGUCACCAUGGCAACCAGUGAGCAUAUGAUCAUGCAGAACGAAGCACUGGUGGCUUUGGGACUCAUAGCAGCAUUGGAUUUGGUUGCAGCAGAGAAAGACUUUGUUGGAUCCAGUCUGGUGUCAGUGCUGCACAAGCUGCUGUCAGAUGAGAGGAGCGCUCCAGAGAUUAAGUAUAACUCCAUGAUUCUCAUCUGUGCCGUCAUGGGCUCAGAACCUCUUCACAAAGAAGUGCAGAGCCUGGCGUUCAUCGACGUCGUGUCCAAGCUGAGGGCUCACGAGAACAAGACCGUUUCACACCAGGCAUCGCUCACAGAGCAGCGGCUAACUGCCCAGAGCUAAAUGACUGUGUCCCAGAAACACUCCAGCCACCCACCCACCCACCCACC